AUGUGGGGAAGCUUAUUUUUCCUAGCUCUUAUAAGCUUUGUGGUCUCCUCAAUCAUAACUUUACCACACAUUCUAGCACAUCUUGCCCAUUUCAAUAAGCCAGAAUUUCAAAAUAACAUAUGCAAAAUCUUAAUCCUGGUCCUGUUUAUUUCCUUAUCAAACCUGACAAACACCUUAUCAUUUGAAAUUCUCAGAUUUACCUUUAUGCUUAUUUCAAGCCUUUAUACAUGCUACAUCGUCUACUGUUUUCUUGAACUCGUCAUAAAAUACACAGGUAGUGAAUCAAAGCUUCUGAUCAACUUAGAAAUGAAAGACCAAGUCAAGUAUCCAUGGCCUUUAUAUCAUAUUUUUGGGAGUUUUAGACCGAGCUAUAAUUUUUUCAAUAUUGUUAAAGUGGGUCUCUAUAGCUCACACACCGAUAUGGAUCUCAAUUGCCAACAUUUUUAAACAUGCCACUUUUAAUUCACCAAAUUGCGCAGAAGCCAUUUUACUGCAAAAUACCACUUUUCAAGUAGAGAUGAGAGAAAAGUUGUUUUAAUUUUAAAAAUUUCCUUAAAUUUAUUUUGUCAAUUAUUAAAAUUAAUUAAAUUUGUUUCUUUAAAUUUACUUUGCUUUCGCUUACACUCUAGAUAAAUUUUUUAAUUGAGUAAGGAUUUAAUCUUUGCUAGUCAUUACCACCUGACUAACUUUCUUGAAUAAAUGUCAACCGUCUAUGUCAUCUUGGCUCACAGAGAAAUCCAUAUAGGUAUGCAAGCUAUACCAGUUCAUGAUUGUAAAUUCGGCUUAUUUGUUUUUCGCAAAUUUUCUUUUGCUAACUUAACUUAUAUUACUGAGAGUUCCCUGCUGGGUCUUUAAAUCCUUAUUUCUUCGCUGACUUUACUAUUCUGCUUGAUUUUUAGUUUGUCUGCGACCUUACAGAAUCGCUGCUUUCGGAAAAGGACUGGCAUUUGCUACCUGGAGUAGAAGUUUAGUCAUCAUGCUUCGUGCUAGACAUAGCUUACCAGUCAAAAAAAUAAAAAAACAAAUUUCUGGCCAUAUUUCAGUAAAUGGAAAAACUAAUUCCAGGAUGAAAAUGCUAGCAAUGCGCUGGGAAUUUAUGUUCCUUUACUCUGCCUUCCAUAUUUCUCAUAAGCCAAUAAGCCAAACUUGACAUUAAGCUUGGACUAGGUAGUACAAUGCCAGAAUUACUUGCCUAGUUUGGUGUCUCUCUCUUAGCUGGUAAAAACUUAUUUAACUGAGAUGCCAUAUUUAAUUGUGCAAAUUUUCUACUGUAAUAAAGAUAUUUUGUUUAUUGAAUCAUUUAUAUAUAUUUUAUUUAGAAUGAAUAUUAAUAUAAAUUAUGCUAAAUUGGUUUGGUGUAUAAGGAAUUGAUGAGCAAAAUUCAUAAAUGAUUAUAUCAUUUAGUACCAUUUAUGAAUUUUUAGGAAUUUCUGCUAUUUUUGCUUUGGUUUGCUUUUCAUUGCUUUAUAAUAUUGUUGAAGAUCUCAUAGAAACCUUUAACGCUCCAGUAAAAUUUAUAUGUAUUAUCGGGGUCGUUAUUUUGCCAGCCCUCCAAAAAAGUGUUUUUGGGAUGUUAAAUAGUGAAAUCUCCAAAAGUAUUGAGGUAAUAUUGCUUAGUGUAGAAAUGAUAGCAUUUUCUAUGCUAAAUAGAUAUGCUUUUAAUUACGAAGAGUUACAAGACGAUCUAAGUCCUAUCUUGCAGCCAAUAAAGAAUUCAAUUGUGCAGAAUAUAAAGUAUCUGUUUACUUCAGAAAGCAAAAAGAGUUCUUUAAUAUAA